AUGGCUUCAAAAUCUGCUUUCAAUUGCCGCUCCCAUGCACAAAGCAUCGAUCGCAGAGAAAGUAGUAAAGUUUUCGAAAUUGAACAAUGCAUGUACAAUUUAUCAGAGGACUUUCUCCGCCAGACCACCCUACGCGAUCCUGUCGAGCCGGUUGCCAGCGAUGUCCAGCUAAUCGCACCGGAAGUGUUACGCACAGACGAAUCCUUCGAUAAGACACCGAUCGAACAUUCCGUGCACCAACUGGAAGAUAUCCUGCGGCGUCCAAUUUCCGACGAGGUCCUGCGAAAGCUGUGCUUCAGCGAAAUGUUGCUUGUGUGUGAUGGCAGCGAAACCAUCGUUGGAGGAGCCGCUAUCAACGUGAGCUUGAUAGCAGACGAGGUGUUGGCGGCAUUUUCCAGUACGAGACUUACAUUCUUUGGGCAUUCUACGGCCGAAAGUGAGCUGAUGUCAUUUGCGGACCGAAACUGUCGACCGCUGCAGGAGCGCAAAUGCGAAACAUUGAUAUCUGGUCCAACGGGCAGGCAGGAGAAACAAAUACAGCUCUAUUUUGACGAGGCGCACAACGUCACGGCCUACCGGCAGGAAAGCAAUGGGCUACAUACCGAAAGCUUUCAUGGGCUGUUGUCGGGUCCGAAAAGGGACGGUGAGGAUGGUAGUGACACGAGACAAACUAUUCUACCCGAUGGGUUGCAAUUGCUGCUGCUGCGCUAUUUAGUACUGAGCAACUUUGUUGGCGAAAUUUGUAGCCAAACAAUCGACGUUCAAGGGAGAGUUGGAAAUUGUAUACAUAACAUUUCAGCUGCGGUUCCAGUACCGAAAGCGCGCCGUCAGAAACCAUCCGAAGCGGUGAAAGAGGUACGGAAAAUGAUCUCGUACACGGACGGUACGGAACCGGAAGAAAGCGUAUCACAUUACGAUUCCACUACGGGUCGACUGUUAAGGCAUGGUUGGAACAAUUCCUCCUAUAUCCUUGUUGCAAACCCACUCGGCACGGCAUCACCAUCGGAUUUGGUAGAACUCGAGCGGAGCAUGCAAGAUUAUGUGCGUGCUUUGUCGGGUGUGAUAAAAAAUCGUGCCUCUCUAAAGGAGUUGCUGGACGAUAUGCAUUACUCGGUGAAAGAGAUGGAUCAGUGUAAAAACAUUGUAAAUCCUAUAUUAUUAGAUAUAAUAAAAGAGGUAUGA